AUCGUUGUCAAAAAGGGAGCAGAAGUGAAGAAAGAAUUAAAUACGUGAGGGUGAAAUAUUUGUGCAGCAGAAAAAGUGGAGCGCACCAAGUAGAAGUUUAUGCAGUUGUUUAAUUUUCAUAAUUUUUUCAGUUAAUUGUAUUAUUUUAUAUUCACUUUGAGUUUAAACAUAUUUAUUGUUGCUAUUGCUGCCAAUUCUACGACCCAACGCUGCAAUUGCCGCUAAUUGGUGUUGUUACCACACAACGACAAUUUAUUUCGCCUAUACAGCAAUUAAAAGAAGACAGCUUUAAAAAAAAAAACAACUCAAGCAAAAUGAUAAAAUUAAAAAAUAUAUCGAAUGUUAUCAAUAACACAGCUGUACGCUCCAUAGCUACCUCAGCACCACUCAACGAAGCCGAUUCAUGGUUUUCCAAGUUGUUGGUGCGUAAAAUUGAGCCAACUAAAGAAUCGCACAGUCGAAUGCUCAGUGAUAAGGAAAUCAUUUAUGCCUUGCAUACGCACAAUGUACGUCCCGGUUAUAUGGAUGAUUAUUUAAAAAAUUACAAAACCUCAGUACAGCUAGUGAAUGACAAGAAAGCGAAUUUGUCUUGCAAUUUAGUUGCGUCAUGGACCGUACAUGUUGGUGAUAUGGAUCAAUGUUUGCAUUUAUGGAAAUACACUGGCGGUUUUGAGAAGAUUGAUAUUGCCAAGGAGGAUUUAUGGCAUGAUGAGGAGUACAUGAGCUUAAUGAACGAACGUAUAAAAUUCUUACGUUCACGGCAUUUGCAAUAUCUGUUGGCUUUCAGUUACUGGCCCAAAAUCGAAUUUCGUCCAGGCAAACAUAUCUAUGAGAUGCGUUCAUAUCGCCUAAAACCCGGUACCAUGAUUGAAUGGGGUAACAAUUGGGCACGUGCCAUUAACUUCCGUAAACAUAACAACGAAGCUUUUGCCGGUUUCUUUUCACAAGUCGGCCGUCUUUAUAAUGUGCAUCAUAUUUGGUGCUACAAGUCUUUAUUGGACCGCAAAGAGACACGUGAGGCCGCUUGGCGCUCACCCGGCUGGGACGAGUGUGUCGCCUAUACCGUGCCAUUGAUCAAAGAUAUGCAUACCCGUGUUUUAGCACCAACUGAAUUCUCGCCUACACAGUAGGGCAUAACGUAAACAUAUAUAAUAUACAUAUUAAUACAAAUAGAGCAAGAAACACUUUUUAGUGCCUACAAUUUAUUUAUUUUCUAAGCAUUAUUGUUUUAUUUUCAAGCUAAUCAAGGAAAUUAAAGAUGUAAACGCACAAAAUGUGAAAUGAAACCGCAAUAAUGCUUCCUUCCAUA